AACCAAAUCCCCAGUUCACCUCACACUCUCAUUUCCCCUUUCAACUCAUCUCCGUCGUAAUGGCCGCCGCCACCGCCACCGCCGCCGCAACCUCCUCCUUCAUCGGAACGCGCCUCCCCGACGUGCGGCCGAGCUCUGGCCGAGUCCAAGCCCGAUUCUCGUUCGGGAAAAAGAAAACCGCGCCAAAGAAAUCGUCGAAGCAGAUUUCCGAUCGGCCGCUGUGGUUCCCCGGCGCCAAGGCGCCGGAGUGGCUGGACGGAAGCUUAGUCGGCGACUACGGCUUCGAUCCGUUCGGAUUGGGAAAACCGGCGGAGUAUCUGCAGUACGAUUUGGACUCGUUGGACCAGAACUUGGCGAAGAAUGUGGCCGGAGAUAUAAUCGGAACGCGAUUCGAGAACUCUGAUGUGAAAUCGACGCCGUUUCAGCCGUACACGGAAGUUUUCGGAUUGCAGAGGUUCCGUGAGUGCGAACUGAUCCAUGGAAGGUGGGCCAUGCUGGCCACGCUCGGCGCUCUCUCUGUUGAGUGGCUCACUGGCGUCACCUGGCAAGACGCCGGAAAGGUGGAAUUGGUGGAAGGUUCGUCGUACUUGGGGCAGCCACUUCCAUUCUCGAUCACGACGCUGAUCUGGAUCGAAGUUCUAGUGAUCGGGUACAUCGAGUUCCAGAGGAACGCGGAGCUUGACCCGGAGAAGAGGCUGUACCCGGGAGGCAAGUUUUUCGACCCGCUGGGGCUGGCGGAGGACCCGGAGAAGAAGGCCGUCCUCCAACUGGCGGAGAUCAAGCACGCCCGCCUCGCCAUGGUCGCAUUCCUCGGCUUCGCCGUCCAAGCCGCCGUUACCGGCAAAGGCCCGCUCAACAACUGGGCGACCCAUCUCAGCGACCCGCUCCACACCACCAUUAUCGAUUCCUUUUCUUCUUCUUCUUAAGCUCCUCCUCCUUCCUAUGAUCUCAUCUUCUGUUUGUAAAAACUUUACCCACUAUUAUGUCAUGAUGAGGUGUAACUACUCUCGUUCGAAAGUUCGUAUCUGAAAUUAUUUUUUAUUA